AUGAAAAAAUAUGCCACGAAUGCAAGAUUGAUCUCUUUCGCAUAUAUCUUAUAUAUGUACUCGUGCAGCAGUGCGUCUAUAUUAUUUUCCCUUGUACCCAAAUUGUUGAACAUCGUAUUACCCCUCAACGAAUCCCGACCUAUAACUAUGCCUUUCGAUGUUUAUUAUUUCGUGGACGAAGAGAAAUAUUAUUUCUACAUUAUAUUUCAUAUAUAUAUGAGCAUAAUUAUAUCUUUUACGACGGCAACCGCACACGAUUGCACGUUUUUUAUUUAUAUUGAGCAUGUCUGCAGCCUUUUUGCUGUGACUGAAUUUCGUCUUGAAACUUUAUCACAUAGGGAUCGCAACGACGCGAAUAAUCUUUCGUAUAAUCGGAAAAUCAUUGUCUUCAUCCAUGCACACUGGCGAGCUUUACGUUUCGCGAAAAUUCUUGAAGACAUCUUUUGCACUGCUUUCGCAGUACAAAUGUUGAUAGUUGUUGUAACAUUGAGCAUUUCUCUGGUACAAAUUACGUUACUGUACGGCGACAUUAAUGCAAUGUUGAGGUAUCUAAUGUAUAUCUUUGGUCAAGUAUUACACACGUUUUGUUUCAGUCUACAAGGUCAGAGAUUGAUCAAUCACAGCAUACAAUUGCACGACAAAAUAUACAAUUCUUCCUGGUAUGAAAUACCUGCGGAAUCACGAAAGCUGCUUUUGUUCGUAAUGCAAAUGUGCAUAAAACCCCGUUUUUUGAGCGCCGGUAAGAUUUAUGUUUUCUGUUUGGAGAGCUUCACCAUGGUAAAGAUUAUUUACGAAACUUAUGUAUGUUUUUUCAUAUAG